UGAUGAUCUCAUGCUCCAUGCGAUGAUCUCAUUCGCCCCCUGGUGCACAGUGUGUUUGAUCUCCUCGCUCGGCUUCCGCUGUCCGAGGAACUCAUAGUUACCGACCUGCGCGGAGUUCGAAGUGUCAGUACGCUUCGUAGGACAACACGUACCGAAACACGCGAGGACUCGGGAAACCAGACGCGCAAGCAGCUCUGCCCUCCCCCAAGGCCGUCCCUAUCCCGCCCAGUGUUUGUUUGCGCGGUGCUAGUUGGCCAGGCCGGCGGUCUCCGGCGCAGAGAGGCUGGGCUUGUGGCCCCUGCAGCUCCGGAGGUCGCGUUGGGCUGAGAGCACAGGCCGGCAGAGGCUAUGCUGGGCAAGGAUUAUAUGCUGGCCAUCAUUCUGGUCAACUGCGAUGAUGACUUGUGGGGGGACCAAAAUCUGGAGGGGGAAACAGGCCUACCCCCUGGCUGGAGAAAGAUCCGUGAUGCUGCAGGAACUUAUUAUUGGCAUGUACCCAGCGGGAGCACUCAGUGGCAGCGCCCAACCUGGGAGCUACCAGAUGCAGAGGACCCAGGAAGGGGAACAGAGGGGAUUUGGGAACUGCGACCCCCUAAGGGAAGAUCUUUCUCCAGCCUGGACAGUUCAUUGAACCGGAGUUUGUAUGUGUGGGUCCUGUGUCACCCACCGCUCCACUCAUCUCGUCACUUCUUUUCCCUAUCUUGUCAGUGCUUUGCAGUCCGCUCUCUGGGCUGGGUAGAGGUCCCUGAGGAGGACCUGGCACCAGGGAAGAGCAGUAUUGCUGUCAAUAACUGCAUCCAGCAGCUGGCCCAGACCCGAAACCGGAACCAGCCUCCUGAUGGUACAUGGGGUGAGGGCCAGAACAUGCUGAUGAUCCUGAAAAAAGAUGCCAUGAGCCUGCUGAAUCCCCUGGACCACAGUCUGAUCCAUUGUCAGCCUCUGGUUCACAUCCGUGUAUGGGGUGUGGGCAGCUCCAAGGGCCGUGACAGGGACUUUGCUUUUGUUGCGGGUGACAAAGACAGCUGUAUGCUCAAAUGUCAUGUGUUUCGCUGUGAUGUACCCGCAAAAGCCAUAGCAAGUGCUCUACAAGGGCUCUGUGCACAGAUCUUGUCAGAGAGGGUAGGAGUCAGUGGAGAAGCCGCUUGCUGUUCCCCAGAUCCUAUUUCCCCUGAAGACUUACCAAGACAAGUGGAGUUGCUGGAUGCAGUGAGCCAGGCUGCUCAGAAGUAUGAGGCGCUGUACAUGGGGAUCCUACCAGUCACCAAAGCCAUGGGUAUGGAUGUGCUGAAUGAGGCCAUUGGUACCCUCACUGCCCGGGGGGACCGGAAAACCUGGGUCCCUGCUGUGCUCAGUGUGUCUGACUCUCUGAUGACUGCACAUCCUAUUCAGGCAGAGGCUGGUGCGGAGGAAGAGCCACUGUGGCAGUGCCCUGUUCGCCUUGUAACCUUUAUUGGUGUUGGCCGUGAUCCGCAUACCUUUGGCCUCAUCGCUGAUCUUGGUUGUCAGAGCUUCCAGUGUGCAGCUUUCUGGUGUCAGCCUCAUGCUGGGGGACUCUCUGAAGCUGUGCAAGCCGCCUGCAUGGUUCAGUACCAGAAGUGUCUAGUGGCCUCAGCAGCUCGGGGUAAGGCCUGGGGUGCUCAGGCCCGUGCUCGCCUGCGGCUCAAGCGGACCAGCUCCAUGGACUCCCCAGGCGGCCCCCUUCCUCCCCCUCUACUGAAAGGAGGGGUUGGGGGUGCUGGAGCAGCUCCUCGAAAGAGGAGUGUCUUCUCAUUUCUUGAUGCCUUCAGGCUAAAACCUUCUCUUCUCCAUAUGUCCUAAAUUGAUCUUAGACGGCUGGGUAAAGAGGCUCUAUACUCUUCUGGUCCCUAGGGUUCUGUAGCCUCUUACCUUCCUGCCCAUCCCUGAUCCUUGCGUACUCUGUAUUUAUUACCAAGUUCGUUGUUUAUAUGGAUGACUGAGAGGCCCUGCACUGUAACUUAGGCCUGUGGCACCCCUUUCCUUGGGUCCUCUUGUUCCUUGCCCCUGUCCAACCCUGGACAAUUGGCUCUACCUCAGCAACUUUAUAGCAGAAUCAGUGCAAAUAAAAAUCCCUCAGUGACCUCACUAGUUAUGAGUAUAUUGACCUGGGCUAAGAUUGGGGGCCAUUAGCUGUGUGAAGUGGGUAUGUAUGCUUGGUGUUGGUGACUGCCUGUCGUCAUAAUUAGGCCAUGGUUCAUAAUGGAAGUCUGAUUCCAUUCAUUCAGCAAACAGUUUCUUUCUUUUCUUAUUUCUUUUUUAUUU